AUGUGCAAGCGCAUGGUGCUGGAAGAAGCGUAUGACCCCCGUGAGCUGCGCCUUCUGAACAAGCAUGCAUUGCUUUCGAACGAUAGUUUUAAAUCUCAGGAGAUAAGAGGCUUUAUAACCAACGACUGUGAAGAUCGACAGCAGCAACGGUAUUUACUGUUCAAUUGUGGCAAUUUGCGACCCAUCUGUAUCGCACAACGGUACAAGUAG